UGUGCCGCGCGGGGGGCGGCUGCAAGCGGGCUGAAAGCGAACGCAAGGGCCCCGUCGGAGCGGCCGCCGGAGCAGUGCAGGAGAUGGGGCAUAAGGGCCACUUGUUCUGAAAUUAUUUUAAGGCAAGAAGUUUUGAAAGAUGGUUUCCACAGAGACCUUUUAAUAAAAGUGAAAUUUGGAGAAAGCAUUGAGGACUUACAGACCUGCAGACUCUUAAUUAAACACUAUAUCCCAACAGGACUUUUUGUGGAUCCUUAUGAGUUGGCUUCAUUACGAGAGAGAAACAUAACAGAGGCAGUGAUGAUUUCAGAAAACUUUAAUAUAGAAGCCCCAAACUAUUUGUCCAAGGAAUCUGAAAUUCUCAUUUACGCCAGACAAGAUGCACAGUGCAUUGAUUGUUUCCAAGCCUUUUUGCCUGUGCACUAUCGUUAUCACCGGCCACAUAGUAAAGAUGAAGAAACAUUUGUUAUAGUCAACAACCCAGAUUUAUUGAUGUAUUGUGACCAAGAGUUCCCGAUUUUGAGGUGCUGGGCUCAGUCACAAGUGGCAGCUCCUUGUGCUUUGAAGAGUAAGGAUAUAUGCCAGUGGAACAACAUGAAGUAUAAAUCAAUAUAUAAGAAUGUGACUCUACAAGUUCCAGUGGGACUGACUAUACAUACCUCUUUAGUAUGUUCUGUGACUCUGCUCAUUACAAUCCUGUGUUCUACUUUGAUUCUUGUAGCUGUUUUCAAAUAUGGUCAUUUUUCUUUGUAAAUUUUAUGCAGUUUAAUGUUUUCUAUAAACCAAAAAAGAUAUGUUAAUGUGA